GGCACGGCAGGCGGCUACAUCCACCCGGCAAAAAGUGGGCACGAGUCGUCAGUGUGCUCCGGAGACAACUGGUCUGAUUUUAAGAAGCUCUGGUGAAACCAUGCCGUCAGAUUUGGCUAAAAAGAAAGCGGCAAAGAAGAAGGAGGCUGCCAAAAACCGUCAGCGCACCAAGAAGACUGACGACGGAACCGAGGAGACUGAACAGACCGAGCAGCCGGAGAGCCAGAGAAAUGGAGCAGAAAGCAAUGGUGUUGCUAGUUUGACAAAGGAGCUGGAUGAGUUCGAGUUGAAGAAGACGGAGGCACGAGCAGUGACUGGUGUUCUGGCUUCCCACCCCAACAGCACGGAUGUCCAUGUCGCAAGCCUGUCCCUUACCUUCCACGGCCAAGAACUGCUAGCAGACACCAGCCUGGAGCUCAACUCAGGCAGACGCUACGGCCUCAUUGGUCUUAAUGGGACAGGAAAGUCAAUGUUGUUGUGUGCCAUUGGACAUCGUGAGAUUCCCAUUCCGGAGCACAUCGAUAUUUACCACUUAACCCGGGAGAUGCCCCCCAGCGACAAGACGGCUCUAAUGUGUGUCAUGGAAGUGGAUGAGCAGAGGAUAAUGCUGGAGAAGGAGGCAGAGAGGCUCGCUCAUGAAGACUCUGAGUGUGAGAAGUUGAUGGAGCUGUACGAGCGUCUGGAGGAGCUGGAUGCAGACAAGGCCGAGGUGCGCGCCUCUCGGAUUCUCCAUGGUUUGGGUUUCAGCGCUGCCAUGCAGCAGAAGAAAAUGAAGGACUUUAGUGGUGGAUGGAGGAUGCGCGUCGCGCUGGCCAGAGCUCUAUUCAUCAAGCCAUUCAUGCUGUUGCUCGAUGAGCCAACUAACCACUUGGACCUGGAUGCGUGUGUGUGGCUAGAGGAGGAGCUCAAGUCGUUCAAACGAAUCCUGGUGCUCAUCUCACAUUCUCAAGACUUCUUGAAUGGUGUGUGCACCAACAUCAUCCACCUGCAUCAGAGAAAACUGAAAUACUACACGGGUAACUAUGACCAGUAUGUGAAGACCAGAGAGGAGCUGGAAGAAAACCAGAUGAAGCGCUUCAACUGGGAGCAGGACCAGAUAACACACAUGAAGAAUUACAUAGCCAGGUUUGGUCACGGCUCUGCAAAGUUGGCCCGACAGGCACAGAGCAAAGAAAAGACGCUGCAGAAGAUGGUGGCAUCAGGCUUGACUGAAAAAGUUGUGAAUGACAAGACUCUGUCAUUUUAUUUUCCUCCCUGUGGGAAGAUUCCUCCUCCUGUUAUCAUGGUUCAGAAUGUGAGCUUCAAGUACAGCGACAACUUGCCCAACAUAUAUAACGACCUUGAGUUUGGUAUUGACUUGGAUACUCGGGUGGCUCUGGUAGGACCCAACGGAGCGGGGAAAUCCACCCUCCUGAAGCUGCUAAUGGGAGAGCUCCUCCCUACCGAUGGCAUGAUCCGCAAACAUUCUCAUGUUAAGAUUGGCAGAUAUCAUCAGCACCUGACAGAGCAGUUGGAGCUUGACUUGUCUCCUUUGGAGUACAUGAUGAAGUGUUACCCUGAGAUCAAAGAGAAGGAGGAGAUGAGGAAGAUCAUCGGUCGCUACGGACUGACAGGAAAACAGCAGGUCAGCCCAAUCAGGAACUUGUCAGAUGGUCAGAAAUGCCGGGUGUGUUUUGCCUGGCUGGCAUGGCAGAACCCUCACAUGCUCUUCCUUGACGAGCCUACCAAUCAUCUGGAUAUUGAGACUAUUGAUGCACUGGCAGAUGCAAUCAAUGAGUUUGAUGGUGGAAUGAUGCUAGUUAGCCACGACUUCAGGCUAAUUCAGCAGGUGGCUCAGGAGAUAUGGGUGUGUGAGAGUCAAACCAUCAAAAAGUGGAACAAGGACAUCCUGGCAUACAAGGAGCACUUGAAAUCAAAGAUUGAAAAGCAGCAGGUGCAUGAUAUCUAACCUGCGUCUUACUGAGCCACUCCUUCACCCUCAUCAAGGACCUGCAGUCUUCUGACAGGAUGAGCAGUAAAUGUCCCAGCAACAACUGAAACACUCUUAUGCAUCCCAUUGGACUUGUCCGUAUAUGUUCUGUUUUUCCAUCUUGGUUUGACAGUGCUGAAGCCCGACCCAAUCCCAUUACUUCAAGCUGCGCUCUGAUUGGCUGACUCACCUGAAGCAUCUCGGUGCAUUGUGGAAUGCAUUCCAGUGUGCUGUCUUCAUUGAAUUUUUUUUUUUUUUCUUUUCCCCCUCAGAUGUUUUGUUUAAUCUCAACACGAAUGCAGCAGCUUUUAGGUCAUUUCAUGAUAUUUAAAAGUUGAUUUUUUUUUUUUCUGUGUUUAAAGAGAAACAAAGCAGUUCUGCCUUAUUUAACAAUGUAAUGCAAUAAAGGUUUGUCAGAAUAAACAAACAGUACACUUAAAUUGAA